CCUACAACCUUCCAUCCAUUACUUCCGUGUCAGUUCCUUUGCUUCGUGUAUUAUUCUGAACAAUGCAAACAUCGUGCACUUCUACUCUCCUUUAAUAUCAUAAACAAAGUUUUGAUAUGUAGUAAGCUUUGUAUAUUUUGCAUUGCAUUUAUUAUCUAUAUUCAUACUUAGUACUCAUCCCUAUUCCUAUUCACAUUUAUAAUAGUUUCCAAUUAUCCAUUCUCUUGCUGAGUUGUCAACCACUCGAUCAAGCCUGCAUUUGUCUAUCCGACGAUAGCCAAGUGGCGCAGACCAUCGAUCAUAAUAAUACAGUAGGAUAUUUGGACCUUGUCUUAUCCUUUCUUAAGCUCGAGUCCCCAAGUCUUAGCUACCUACCUACACAUCUUCAUAACCUGCCAAAUUGGCGAAUUCGCUUAUUUGUGUCUCGCGAAGCUGCAGAGGUACCCGUGCGUUAUCUCGGCCAGCUCUCACGAAUCGAUUCUCGAAACUUUCUCAGAGAAGCUUUAUCGGAUGGGCCCUUGGCCAGUUGAUUAAGAUGCCUCCAGGGAACGGCGAUCCUGCCGCAACCAGCGAGAAGAAAGAGACGAAGAAGGUGGAGAAGUCAUAUUUAGCAACCGCCGUCGAUUCCAUUAAUCCGUGGAAUAUUAGUCGUAGCUCUACGCCCGCUCCGAAAGAGACCGCCUCGAAACCCAAGCCAAUAGCUUCUACCGUUCCUACCGCUGCUAAGAAAGCCGAUGACCAUAGCACGAAUACCUUUUACGGCCAGAGUUUUAAGAGAUACCCCCUAGAAUGUCCACCGCUGAAUGUUAUGUGGUUUCAUGCGGUUGAUGUUCCUAAACGCAAGCCCAAUUUCCUAAAAACCAAAAAAGAGGACGACACAGCCAAACAAACCCCGCCUAAAAAAUUCGUUGCCUUUUCCAAGAAUGAUUCGAGAUCGAUCGAGAACGCAUACCAGAAGCUCCUAGAGGAAGCCGAAGACGAACGGGAUAGGAGUUUAGGGAACGGGUCAAUACGCUCUAGAUCGCGACGGCGGAGGGCAGUGUCGUCUGAGGAAAAGGCCAAUACAGCUGCUGAUAAAGAUGACGAUAAUCCACGGAGCAGUAUACGAGUCCCGGUCAAUGAAGACUUCUUAUUCGAUGUCGAUAUUGAAGAGCGUGAAUUGGCGCCGGUAUAUUGGCUAGGUCCGAUAUAUGAAAUUCGGCGUGGCAGUUGGUUCUAUCAAGAAGGGUCCACGUUACGGCCUUGCGAAGAGAAUCUGGCGGCUCAACUUGAGGAGGGAUAUUUGAAAAUCAAACCUUGGACAUAUCCAUCGCCCAGGCUUCGUAGUAAUUCUGGGAUGCAUGACGUAACACCGAAGGCAUCCUCAGAAAAUCUCAAAGCGACCGCCAAGUCACAGACCGACAAUUCGCUUAAACCUCAACCAGCCCAACCUGCAACGCCGCAUCAGCCACAGACGUAUCGACUCUUCGGAACAUAUAUGAACAGUAUAGCCACUUACCAAGAUUCGAAUACGGCGUGGCUAUCCUCGGAGAGCGUCUUUUCUUGGGUUACGUCAACUGUGUAUCAAAGAUUUGCUGGCGGUGGAUAUAUGAACGGCGUAAAGCUCGUACGCGGAUACUCAGAACCUGGGAAGUCGAAGGACGGCAAAGAUGUAAAAGAUGGGAAGAGACCACCUACCCCCACCACAGCUACAUUACCUCCCGAAAAAGAAGACGAAAAGCAGGAGAAGGCCCUUAAGCGCAGGUCUGCUCCUCCUAGCAUACGAUCCGAUAACGUGCCAGACCGAGACGAAGAAGAUGACGAGACCACGACAGAAGCCCAACGACGGGGAAAUCGUUUAAAACGGCAAUUUGCAUCGUUUGUCGAGACAUCGGAAGACCCAGAGAAGCAAGAAGAGCAAAUCAGGAAACGUGAGGAGCUAGAAAUCCAAGACGAUUAUAAUGACCAGGAUGGAGAGACUCAAGGGCGUGAGAUUGAGCACCUUGUCCUAGUUACCCAUGGCAUUGGGCAGUUGUUGGGACUUCGAAUGGAAAGUGUCAAUUUCGUACACGAUGUUAACCUCCUACGGAAAACCAUCAAAGCAGUAUACACUCACUCGGCUGACCUGAAGACUCUUAAUAAAGAUGGCGAAAAUGACCCAGGAAAUUGCAAAAUCCAGGUUCUUCCAGUCUGUUGGAGACAUCUACUGGAUUUCCCUAAACGAAAAAAGAAAGGCGAAACCGAUUUGGGUGACGUCACGGCCGACGAGGACGAGUACCCUUCCCUUGAGGAUAUCACUAUCGAAGGCGUGGCAUUCGCUCGCUCCCUCAUUUCAGAUCUUGCACUAGAUGUCCUACUUUACCAAAGCGCCUACCGAGAACAGAUUGCAGAGAUCGUUUCAAAGGAAUCUAAUAGAAUUUAUAAGCUGUUUAUGGAGCGCAAUCCCGAAUUCAAGGGUAAAGUUCACAUAAUUGCCCAUUCCCUAGGCUCUGCAAUUAUGUUCGACAUCUUAUGCAGGCAGAAGGAAAGACCAAAGCCUACAGAGGUAGCGCUGCGUAGUCCGUUGCGUUUCUUCACUUCUCAAGAGCGGCUUGAACCACCCCGAGACCCUCGAGAUCUUGCCUUCGACUUUGACGUUGAGAAUCUCUUCUGUCUAGGUUCGCCGAUCGGUCUCUUCCAGAUGCUUAAAGGGCGCACCAUUGGAGCACGAAGUAAUCCCAAUGCGCUCCCGUCCGAGAGUCCCCUUAAUACAGAAUAUGUAGACGAUCCAUUUCUUUCUUCAACUGUUGGCACGGACCAGCAUCUUUCAGCCAUCACCGGCCUACCAUUUUCGGUAUCGUCGCCCAAAGUAGGACAGCUAUUCAAUAUCUUCCAUCCAUCCGAUCCGAUCUCCUACCGUCUGGAACCGCUUAUCUUACCGGCAAUGUCAUCCCUCAAACCCCAAGUCCUUCCCUACACCAAGAAAGGAAUCUUUGGCGCUGUAGCACCGCAAGGACUCUCCGGUUUCGGCGUCAAAGUUGGCCAGAGCGUCAGCGGGCUGUGGUCCAGCUUCAGCGCCGGCAUUGCCAGCAACAUCCUCAACCGUAGUCUCGGACUCACCAACCAAGACGUCGCGAACUUCAACGCUAAUAACAACCCUUCGCAACCCUUGCCCCCAGGUGCCGGCACAAAUAUAGUAGGAGGCGGCGUGAUUGACAUCAAUGCGCAAUCGGAAAAGACGGACGCAAGGAAGAAGGCAUUAGCGCGCCAGAACUCCUCGAGUGGUUCAGACGGCAACUCUGGAACCCUAAUCGACGACGACCUAGAGACGCUAUACUCGCGCUUCCAAAAGAAGCGCGUCGAGGACCAUAAGAACAGCGCCAGUCAUGCAGAGGAGGGUAAGGAGCUUGGCGAGGCGUGGGCCGCAGAGGAACUAAAGGCGCAGAAGCUAAAGAGAGAAGAGGCGAAGGUCAUGGCGCUGAAUCGGAACGGUAGGGUGGAUUACAGUAUCCAAGAGAGCGCGCUUGACUUCAACCCCAUCAACACCAUCGCCUCACACAUGGCCUACUGGCAGGACGAGGACGUCAGCCACUUCAUGAUCUCGCAGAUGCUAGCGAAGAGAGACGAGAAGCGCAAGGCGGACGCCCAAGCCACAGUUCGUAUUUAAACCCACGUCCCGCGGCUGCGCUACGUUACACGCCUGCCCAAGUAGUGGCGAUCAGCCGGGCUCCCGCACGAGACGGGAAAGUUCAGCAUGGCUACCCGCCUGCCCGACCCGCAAUCUAUAUUCGAAGCCGCUUCCCGUCGGACGCACAGCCUAUCUGUCGUGUCGCAGGCGUGCCGAACCUAAAAAUCAUUUCUCGCACGACGUCGAUCGCGAUCGAAGCGUUCAAUGCAUCGGGUCUCUCGGGUACUAACCCAACCUUAGCUACCUACCUCCCUAACUAUCUUCGAUCCCCAGUUCUAACACUAACUAACACCAAUACCUCGAUUUUUAAUACCUACGCGACUUCUUUCUCUCUUUUAGGAAAAAAACGGAGUUUUGGCCCGGUCUGGAAAGGAAAGGAUGGCGUGGACAUAUAUCGCGAAUAGAUACAUUGACAUAGAUUAGAGAUACCAAGAACCCCCCGCAUAGCACAUGAUUGAUAGGUAGAAUAAGGGCAUUUUUUUGCUCUUGAUUAAAGUAAAUAAAUUAUGACAUUCG